UGGGACACGUACGAGAUCCCCUACGAGACCCUCGAACUGCACGAAGAGAUCGGCCGGGGCGCUUUCAGCGUGGUACACAGGGCUCACGUUUGGCUGGGAAAAGUCCGGGAGACAGUCGCCGUCAAGAUGCUCAAGGACAAUCCGACGACUGAGGAGAGAAGGAACCUUCAGCGAGAGAUCGAACUGCUCAAGCUGGUGGGCAAGCACGCCAACGUGGUCAACAUGCGAGCUUAUUGCACGAUUGGGUCCAGGCUGGCGUUGGUCGUCGAGUACUGUCCACUGGGCGACCUCAGGACCUACCUCAUAAGGAUCAGGGCAAGACUCGCAAAAGGGGUCUCACAGGCACAGGUUACUAAUGCAUUUGUUCUUGCAGAUCUUGGGGACGUGCCGCCACUGAUGCAUCUUCUGUCGCUAGCGCGGCAAGUGGCCCAAGGAAUGGAGUUCCUCUCCUCCAAGCGCGUGGUGCAUCGCGACCUGGCUGCCCGCAACGUGUUGCUGGUCAGCGAACAUCACGCCAAGAUCGCCGACCUGGGCUUGUCCAGGGACACCUACGAGGAAGGCCUGUACCGCAAGCAAGGAGCCGGUCGCCUGCCGGCCCGCUGGAUGGCGCUCGAAUCGCUCUCUCACAUGACCUACACCACCAUGAGCGACGUGUGGUCCUUCGGCGUGCUUCUGUGGGAAGUGGUUAGUCUUGGCGCCGCGCCUUAUCCAGGCGUUGCCAACCACCAGCUGUUGGAAUUCCUGACGGCAGGGAACCGCUUGACGAAGCCGGCCAGCUGUCCACAAGAAACGUACGACCUCAUGACUUCUUGCUGGAACGCCAGCCCCAUCUGCAGGCCGACUUUUUCAGCGAUCGUGAGCAGACUUGAUGGGAUCCUGGAGCAGUCGCAGGAAUACUUCAGUUUCAGCUCGGAAUCUGAAUAGCGUGGCUGCUCCCGUCACUCGAUGAACUACUGUUCGUCUCACGGUUCACAAGUUAUAGUGGAGGGAAGCAGGUCUUCGGCCCACUUAAGGACUUGGACUUGAAGAUAGUACUAAAUGUCUGAACCGUUACGGAUGGCAUCGCGCCAACUAUUUAUUUGUAGUUUUGUCAGUUAUCUACUUACUGUUCAGUUAUCGCCUCUAUUUGUCUGUUUUGUGGCAUAUCGCGCCUUUUAUUUUUGUGCAACCGCCCACACCUUUUGCUUAGACGAGUGGAGCAG